ACGCCAAAAUUGAGUUUUAAACUUUAAUUUUUAUCUUAUAUGCAUAAGCAUAAAUCAAUCGAGGCAGAAAUAUAGCCUGAGUUUCGCUCAGAAAUGUGUGUUCUGUCUAUGAAUACGGAGAGACUCAACACCGGAGACGCUUUCUUAUAUCGAAGGCGUAUAAACGAGAGGUAAGUUGGGCUCGGUACUGAAAGCACGCGACCUCACGCGCCGCUAACAAAAGCCCAAAGCGACCCAGGCCGUGAGUCGUUGGACGGGCCAGGCUCGAUGCGGACGGCCCGCACGCCGGCGUCGGCGGCGCGCGGCGGCCGGGCGCUGUACGAGCUGUACAGGGCGGCGAGCCGCGCGGCGGCGCCGGCGGCGCUUCUAUGGCGGCGGCUACGAGGACUGGAGCACCCGUCGCGUUGGCCCGAGCGGCUGGGCAGGCCGUCGGUGGCGCGGCCUCGUCCGGGCUCGCCGCUCGUGUGGUUCCACGCCGUAUCCCUCGGCGAGGGGAUGGCCGCGCUCCCGGUCGUACGCCACUGCGCCCGCCUCCACCCUGGUCUCCCCAUCCUCCUCACCACUACUACCCUCUCAUCCUUCGAAGUGAUGAAAGACUUGCUCCCGGAUGGUGUCAUAUAUCAGUUUGCACCCCUUGACUGUCCUGAUGCAAUAGAAAGUUUCAUUGGAUACUGGAAACCAAAUUUGAUACUUCUUAUGGAAAGUGAACUCUGGCCAAACCUCAUUUUGUCUGCAGCAGAGAAAGGGAUUGCAGUGGUUCUUUUAAAUGCGCGCAUGUCAUUGAAGUCUUUCAACCGUUGGUCCUUGCCUCUAGGGUUGCAGUUAGUCUCUUUGAUGCUCUCCAAACUAUCACUUGUUAUCCCAUUGAGUACUAUUCAAGCUGUUCGUUUUCAAUUACUUCAUGCACCACCACAGAUCAUCCAUUUUGCUGGCGAUUUAAAAUACGAGAUUCAUGUGAUUUACCUAGCUGUUGGUGACAUUGCUGCUGGGGAGAAAGAGGUAGCUGCAAUAGAAGAUCUUCAGCAGCAGUUCAGCAAUAGGCCCAUCUGGAUGGCAGCUUCUAUCCACAAAGGGGAAGAUGAAAUCAUUCUCCGUGUUCAUGAUGAGUUAACCAGGGCGUAUCCUACUCUACUUUUAAUUCUCGUCCCAAGGCAUCCUGAGGACAGCAAGAAUGUUUCUCAAACCCUGAAGAAACAGAAAGUGAAUUUUGUGCUGAGGUCAACAAGAGAAGUGGUGUCUUCAAACACCAGUAUAUAUGUGGUUGAUACGUUAGGUGAAUUAAGAAUGCUCUACAGGGUUACUCCAAUAGCUGUUAUUGGGGGUUCUUUUUUGCCCGGCUUAGCUGGACAUAAUAUUUCUGAGGCUGCUGCAGUUGGUUGCGCUGUUAUGACUGGUCCUAGUGUUGGGCACUUCUAUCAUAUGCUGGUCGAAAUGUGGCAAAUAAAUCCUUUAGCUGUCAAGCAGGUCAAAGGAGAAUAUGAACUUUUGGAAGCACUAAAACAACUGCUUGGUGAUUCUAGAGCUCUGGAAGCAUGUCAAAGAGCCGCAAAAGAUGCGUUUUCCUUUAUGUCAGAUGGAGUUGUCAAUCGUGUAUGGAAUUUAGUCCACCCGUUCACUAUUGGUUCCCAAACAGACACAUGCGACAGCUUCUCGAGUAGUUAGUAUGGAAGGCUUGCACAUGGAAGUAUGGAAAAUCAGGGUAGUCACAUUUAAAACAUUGACAUCUUCUAGUAACUUGCAGGGACAGGUUGACAAUGUAUGAGUCCUCUUUAUUAGGAAGAUAAGGUCUCACGAAUUUCUCUGUACAGUCUGAUGCACAUAACAAACUUGUACUCCUAGCAUGCCGGUGACAGAUGACACAAAUAUCAAAUUAAAGGCCAUUAGCUCCUCUUAGCAAUCUAACAUUUCUGACGAAUUCUACUGGAGCCCCUCUCAUUUUGUAUUUUCUUGUGAUGUGGGUCAGCUGUUGUAGACUUGCAGUUCUUCGUCUCCUAUCAGUAUGGCUGAUAAUUGAUUGUUUGACUUUGUUUA